UUUUUUUCUCUCAACAACAACUAAAUCCUUGUUAAUCUGUUUUAAAGCAAAAAAUAAUAAUAAAAAUGAAAAAUAACGGUCUAUAAAGCGGACGUUAAUCGGGAUAUUAAUUAUAUUUAGUGACGCUUGUAAUUAUUUGUUUAAAAUCGUUGUCAGUGUUUUUCCCAAGCCAAUUUCCAGUGGAUUUAAAUAUUUAUAUAAAAAAUAUAAAUAAAAUUAUUUAUUUUGUUUAUAACAUUUAAUGGAAUUAAAAGAUUGGCAAUGUUACGAAAAUUUCUAAAACCAACUGUUAUUGCCAGUAUUUUAAUAUUACUAACCAUCUUAACAACCAUAACGAAGGCAACAGCUGUGACGACAUCUACAACAUCUAUAGCAACACCAACAACAACAAUAACACCAAUACCAUCUCCACCGCCGCCAACAACUACCGCAACAGCCACUCCAUCAACAAAUAUUUCAGCAACAGUUUUUCCGUUAACAAAAACAUCAGUUGUCAACAAAUUCUUAAAUAAUGCAGCCGAAGAAACAACAACAUCAUUGUUGCCCUUACAGCCACCUUUAAAUGUGACAUCAACAACUUUGGCAAGUUUUAUAUUAAACCAAAAACAUCAACAACAACAGCGUCAAAGGAAACAACAGCAAUUGUUGUAUUUACAGCAACAACGUCAACAUCGACAGGUACAAGAUGUUGAGGAAAUAACGCAAGAAGAACAACACGAACAGCAGCAACAACAACAACAACAACAUUUAUUAAACGACAAUGUAAAUGACAACAAAGAAAUUAUAAAAAAGAAUUUGGACUCUUCUUUUGUUACCGUUACUUCACCAGUUGAUGUCAUAACACCGGAACCUAGUUCCACACAUGCUUAUAUACCUUUCGAUUUGGACUAUAAUGAUCCUACCGAGGAAAAAGCUCUUAAAGAAACCACUGCUCGUCAAUCUACCAUUAAUGAGGUUUUGACGAAUCUUUUCCCUAAAGGCUUUUCGGAUAUAUUUAGAUUUAGCUAUGCUGGCGAACAGGAAGCGCCUAGUACCACCACUACUACUUCUACAACCGCUGCACCCAUUAAAGUAGUCAAAUCUACACCAACACCCUUUAAGCCCAUGCCCUCUACCAAAACUAAGAAAAAGGAAAAGGCAGAAUUACCAAGUAAUGGCACUUUUAUAACUGUAUCGACAACGGUGACUAGAGAAAUAAGACGAGAAAUAAGUCCUGGUCAUACCGAAAUCGUAGUGGAGAAAAUUAUUACCGAUCCUGGUUCCAUAAGAUCAAGUGAAGAGUUUAGAGAUGGCAGUAAUUCUAUAAGUAAGGAUGAGUUAUUAAGAAUUAAUAGAGCUGCCAAGGAAGCUUCUGUUUUACCCAGUCUUUUAGUUAAUCCUCAAAGCCAUAACAAUAAUAAUCUAACAGAUUCCAAAACUCUCACACCCAUUGUUAUACUUAAUGAAAACUAUAAUAAUGAUGAUUUUGUAGAUGCUCCAGAAGAUGAUAAUCAAAUAGCUGAAACACAAGAUGUGAUACAUCAAGUUGUACAAGCUCCACCGGCGGAAAGCACAAAUUAUCAUGUUACGCCCAAUCAUCAAUACAAUGUACGCAUUAUACAUGACAAUACUUUAAAGAAUGCUCAAGAUAAUGAACUGGCUCAUCCUACACUAAGGAAUUUUCCUUCUUAUCAAACAUUUGUAGAGCAAAGUAAACAUUUGCAAAACUCUUUAAAUGAAGCACCAUCAAGGACAUUUUUGAAGAAUUUUCAAAAUCCCAUACUAUCGCAAAAUGUUCAUUCAGCUGCAGUAAAUAAAGGCAGUUUUCAUUAUGAACAACCGCCAACACAAUCUCAUAUACAAACUGUGUUGCCGGCAGCCCAGUUGCAGUAUGCUCAAUAUCAGAAUCAUCAUCAGCAGCUGCCACAAGCAGAAGCUUUACAGCAGGCGCCAUCACAAGCCGCACAAUAUCAGCAACAACAUCAGCUGCAUACUCAGAUAACAGCUAGCCAACAUGCCAGCGAUAAAGAUAUUUAUCAAAUUGACUCCGAUCAACAGCAACAAUUGGAACAUGCCACAGAAGCUAAUAUUGUAUUUGUCACCAUUAACACUCCUAUUGCUCACACCAUACAGCAGACACCUAAACUAGUGCAAACAUACUCUCAAGAGCCACAAAUUUUACCACCACAACCCAUGAAAUCUCCUCAUGAAUUUGUAGCCGAUGCCAUGGCCCAUAAUAACCAUGAAGCUCAACAGUUGGUGGUGGAUCAUCAGGCUCAACAAACGGAAAAUAAUCCUAAACCCAGUAAUACAGGCUAUACUUAUGUGGAAGUACAAAAAUCCAUUAAUAUACAUAAUAAAUUGAUUACCGAGAAAGAUGGACGUUUGAUAGAACAACAUGAGACCAUUUAUCCGCCGGAACAGAAAUACACGCACCAUAUUGACCAACAACAGGAGCCAGUACAACCACAACCUUCUCCAGAUUAUGUGUCGCUUUCACAAAAUCCUAUACAUGUUGAACAAGAAGAAGAACAAUACGAAUCAGCUGCUUCGAUUAAAGAUGAACAACAUACACUGAACCCUUCACAAGAUUUAUCCGAUUUUGACACUAUACAACAAUCAAAUCUUGUACAAGAAACACAUAUUAUAGAGACACCACAACAUGAUCAACAAGUGCAAACCGAACAGGUUCAGUAUGAACAACAACAUGCUCAAGAGCAAAAUAAUCACGAACAAUAUGAUCAACAUUAUGCUCAAGAACAGCAAGUACAAUAUCAACAACCAGCAAAUGAUCAUAAUGCACAGUAUGAGCAAUAUCAUGUUCAUGAACAGCAAGUACAAUAUCAACAAUCUGAUAAUCCUCAACAGCAACAAGUACAAUAUCAGCAAAUUGAUAAUAAUCAUCAAGCAGAAGAGGGGGGACAUCAUCAUAUUGAAGAGGAGGAGGAAGGUGAUCACAAAAUAGUCGAAGAACAACAACUUAACGAUGAGAUACAAUCUCAGCCAGCUAAUGUAGCUUACGAACAAACUGUACAAAUACCUUACGCUUUACCCGAAACACAGCCCUAUCAACGACCACAAAUUAUAGAGAAACAUAUUCCUGUACCUUAUGGAGUACCAGAACCGGUGGGUAUACCAGUUCAUAUAGAACAUUACAUAGAUCGACCUUUUCCAGUAGAAACCAUAGUGGAGAAACCUGUUCCAUAUCCCGUAGAAAAGGUAGUGGAAAAAUUUGUGGAGAAACAUGUACCCAUAGAAGUGGAAAAAAUCGUAGAGAAACCGGUGGAAGUAAUUGUCAAGAAAUAUAUAGAUCGUCCCGUAGCUAUACCCAUCAAAAUACCAGUAGCUUUACAUUUACCUGCCUCUCCCCAUGGGCCACCUUUUGGUCAUUAUCCUCCCACUUUUGCUGGUGUUAGUUUGGAUCAUGCCUCAACUUGGCCGCAAACUGUUAAUGGCGGCAGCUUUAGUCGUAUACCACAAAGUGUGGUUAAAGCUUAUUAUGCAAAAAUGUUGAAAAAACUAGUGCCCCAAAUGCAACAGGCCUACAAGAAUACACAUGCCACCAAAGCUGUGCCGAAAAUUACACCCAAACCUUUUGUCAAGCAAACUUAUAAAAUAUCCGAUAUAUUAUAUGAUCUUAAACCACCACCGCCACGCCCUAAAGGUGUUUCCUCAAAUUGGGAUGUGGGAGCACGUUAUCAAUAUGAUUACAAUACUUUGCCCCUGGACUUGUCAGCUUCCUCGUCUAUAGCAGUAGGCAAACAUAUGGAAAGACCGGGUCAGGGUUAUAAAAAUAACUUUGAUGAAUUUCAAAGAUGGCGUAAUGGUCAUAGCCUAAAGAGAUCACCAGAUUUUGGUAGAAAUUUACAUGUGGAAUAUGGUUUUAAACCACCUCUAGUGCCCUCUGUAGAAAUUGAUGAUAAGGGUGUGCCCAAAAGAAAAGAGGAAUAGAGUGAGUAGAAGUGAGCGAUAUAGUCAGAGAGCUGAAGCUGAGAGUAAGGCAAAUGUAUGAGUUACAGGUGCAAAUGUCAAAAUUUAAUGAUUUUUUUAUUUAGAUAUUAAAAACGUAUUAAAUUAUUUAAACAAAUUUUGUGCCAAACAAAUUUUAACGAAUUUUUCUUCUUUUUCUUUAUAACGCAAUAUUUUUUAU